AUGCCCAUGACCAGCAGAGAGCGCUCCUCUGCUUGUGCUUCCUCUGCUUGCGCUUCCUCUACUUGUGCUUCCUCUCCUUGUGCUUCCUCUGCUUGCGCUUCCUCUGCUUGCGCUUCCUCUGCUUGUGCUUCCUCUGCUUGUGCUUCCUCUGCUUGCGCUUCCUCUGCUUCUGCUUCCUCUGCUUGUGCUUCCUCUGCUUGUGCUUCCUCUGCUUGCGCUUCCUCUGCUUGUGCAUCCUCUGCCUUGUGCUUCCUCUACUUGCGCUUCCUCUGCUUGCGCUUCCUCUGCUUGCGCUUCCUCUACUUGUGCUUCCUCUGCUUGCGCUUCCUCUGCUUGUGCUUCCUUUGCUUGUGCUUCCUCUUCUUGUGCUUCCUCUUCUUGUGCUUCCUCUGCUUGCGCUCCUCUGCUUGUGCUUCCUCUGCUUGUGCUUCCUCUGCUUGCACUUCCUCUACUUGUGCUUCCUCUGCUUGUGCUUCCUCUGCUUGCACUUCCUCUGCUUGUGCUUCCUCUGCUUGUGCUUCCUCUGCUUGCGCUUCCUCUUCUUGUGCUUCUACUGCUUGCGCUUCCUCUGCUUGUGCUUCCUCUGCUUGUGGUUCCUCUGCUUGCGCUUCCUCUACUUGCGCUUCCUCUGCUUAUGCUUCCUCUGCUUGCGCUUCCUCUGCUUGUGCUUCCUCUGCUUGCGCUUCCUCUGCUUGUGCUUCUUCUGCUUCUGCUUCCUCUGCUUGCGCUUCCUCUGCUUGUGCUUCCUCUGCUUGCGCUUCCUCUGCUUGUGAUUCUUCUGCUUCUGCUUCCUCUGCUUGCGCUUCCUCUGCUUGGGCUUCUUCUACUUGUGCUUCCUCUGCUUGUGCUUGGUCUGCUUGUGCUUCCUCUGCUUGCGCUUCCUCUGCUUGCGCUUCCUCUGCCUGCGCUUCCUCUGCUUGUGCUUCCUCUGCUUGUGCUUCCUCUGCUUGUGCUUCCUCUGCUUACGCUUAUUCUUCUUGCGCUUCCUCUGCUUGUGCUUCCUCUGCUUGCGCUUCCUCUGCUUGCGCUUCCUCUGCUUGUGCUCCCUGUGCUUGCGCUUCCUCUGCUUGUGCUUCCUCUGCUUGCGCUUCCCCUGCUUGUGCUUCCUCUGCUUGCGCUUCCUCUGCUUGUGCUUCCUCUGCUUGUGCUUCCUCCGCUUGUGCUUCCUCUGCUUGUGCUUCCUCUGCUUGUGCUUCCUCUGCUUGCGCUUCCUCUGCUUACGCUUCCUCUGCUUGCGCUCCUCUGCUUGCGCUUCCUCUGCUUACGCUUCCUCUGCUUGCGCUUCCUCUGCUUCCGCUUCAUCUGCUUACGCUUCCUCUACUUGCGCUCCUCUGCUUGCGCUUCCUAUGCUUACGCUUCCUCUGCUUGCGCUUCCUCUCCUUGCGCUUCCUUUGCUUGUGUUUCCUCUGCUUGUGCUUCCUCUGCUUGCGCUUCCUCUGCUUGCGCUUCCUCUUCUUGCGCUUCCUCUGCUUGUGCUUCCUCUGCUUACGUUUCCUUUCCUUCUGCUUCCUCCGCUUGCGCUCCUCUGCUUGUGCUUCCUCUGCUUGUGCUUCCUCUGCUUGCGCUCCUUUGCUUGUGCUUCCUCUGCUUGUGCUUCCUCUGACUGCGCUUCCUCUACUUGCGCUUCCUCUGCUUGUGCUUCCUCUGCUUGUGCUUCCUCUUCUUUCGCUUCCUCUGCUUGUGCUUCCCCUGCUUGCGCUUCCUUUGCUUGUGCUUCCUCUACAUGCGCUUCCUCUGCUUUUGCUUCCUCUGCGUGCGCUACAUCUGCUUGUGCUUCCUCUGCUUAUGCUUCCUCUGCUUCCGCUUCCUUUGCUUGCGCUCCUGUGCUUGUGCUUCCUGUGCUUGCGCUUCCUCUGCUUGUGCUCCCUCUGCUUGCGCUUCCUCUGCUUGUUCUUCCUCUUCUUGCGCUUCCUCUGCUUGUGCUUCCUCUGCUUGUGUUUCCUCUGCUUGUGCUUCCUCUGCUUGUGCUUCCUCUGCUUGUGCUUCCUCUGCUUGUGCUUCCUCUGCUUGUGCUUCCUCUGCUUGUGCUUCCUCUGCUUGUGCUUCCUCUGCUUGUGCUUCCUGUGCUUGCGCUUCCUCUGCUUGUGCUUCCUCUGCUUGUGCUUCCUCUGCUUGUGCUUCCUGUGCUUGCGCUUCCUCUGCUUGUGCUUCCUCUGCUUGCACUUCUUCUGCUUGCGCUUCCUCUGCUUGUGCUUUUGA